AGACGGAGGCUGGAAGCCAGCCCAGGCGGCAGGUGCAGGAAGCAGUCCCGGGCGCCGCUCAAGGAGACGCUCGCCGUGGCUGCCCCGGGGCCUCCCACCCCCCACAUGGCAGGCGCCGGCCCUGCGACCGCGCAGAGCCCAGUGCGGCUCGCGCUAAGGGCCGCAGGACAUGUACUUGCUGCUGCUGCCGCCGCUGCUGUUCCUUCCUGCUUCUCGAGCGGCCCACCCUCUUUGCCCGCUCGCUGUGAUUGGCUGAAGCGGUUCGGCCCCUUGUUUUGUUUCCUGGCUCGGUUCAACUUUCACCCGCUUACCUCAGCCUUCCAAUGAGAGCGCGUUACCUGAUUUAGCUCUACCGGAUUGGUUGUUUUUGUGGGAGGGGGCGGGGAGACGGCGGGAGGAAGACGAGUGGCGUUUGGAAUGUGCGACAGGAGCGGGCGAGGCGGGUGACGGGAAGAUGGCGGCGGCCGGUAACCAGAGCGGCGGAGGCGAAGUCGGCGGCGUCUAUCAGCACCAUGCGCAGCAAUCGAUCUGUGCCUCGCGCGCCAAAUAUCGCGAGGGGCGCAGGCCACGCGCGGUGAAGGUAAAGCGGGGGCGGGGAGGACUCGGGCCCGCCUGCCUGCGUGUGUUUGCGCAUCUCCCUUCCCCUUGUCUUCUGGCAUCUUCCUCUGGAAGGCGGUAUGCUAACACAAGUGACCGACAAAAAUCAGUUGGAAACAGUGGGAGAUCUCUAAGCGGCUGCAGGCAAUCUAGGGGGGCGCAUUGGGUGCUAGUUGACAUGACUGGACUUUGUUGAAAUAAACGCAAGCCCCAUAACUACACCGCAAAUAAAGCAAGGGAUGGAUCCUGAGAAAGUCAACGAACCACGUUGACAGGAGGAAAUGGCCCGCCGAAUGAGACCGAAUUCCCUUCAGCAUCUUGUUGAAAGCAGUAAUGCUUCUGAAUACCAGUUGCUGGAAGCCACAGGAGGGGACGAGUGCUCUUUGUGAUCGAAUCCUGCGUGUGGGUUUCUCACAGGCAUCUGGUUGGUCAACUGAACAGGAUGCUGGACCAGAUGGGCCGCUGGCCAGAUCCAGCAGGCUCUUGUUAUUUUCGUAUGUUUCUUCUAAUGUCCAGCCGAAUGCUCAUGAGAGCCGCGAGAAAGGCAUGCAGCUUUUCCUCCUCCAGUGACUGCUGUUUAUUGAUAUACAGUCGAAUGAAUCAAUUUAUUUUGGUCACUGACCAGAGUGCUUAUUGAUAUACAGUGCUGCCUCUUGAGUGUGGAGGCUCCAAUUAGUUCUCAUGGCUAAAUGAAGAAGACACCCAUACAGUUGUUUUCUGUGAAAUUGUCUAAUCUUUUCAAGGGAACUAGGGGGUAAUUCCAGCUCCCUUAUAGAUUAUGCUGGUGGUUGGCCACCUUCUGUAGUAGCCCCUACUUUGGAAUUCUUAGUGUAUAGCAAAUAGUUUGCUUUAUGAAAAUACUUCUUUGCCAGAAGAGCGAUUUGUUACUUGCAGUUUGGCUGUCUUUCUUAGAAGCAAUUGUGUACUGAUAGGAUUAUUUUCUUCAAUUGUCAAAUAUAAAUUCAAGUAUAGGUGAUGCUGUUUCUCCCUACAUAGAUCAUUCUAUAUCCGUAUAUGAUGAAUAAACUGUAGCAAAUGCAGUCCUCCAAACUGAGGGAUUGGCAUGUAUUUGUUGAGAUGUUUUAUUGUACUUUUAUGCUGAGGGUUGGAUGUAAGCUCACUUCAGUGUCACAUUUUCCUAGUAUUCUAGGAACUCUCAACUGUAAGACGUUACUAAAUUAUCCUAAUUAUGCAUUAUUGCUUAAGAAAAUAAGUAUCAUCUUGGAUCAGAAAAAGGUACAGCAUUCUUUCCAAGAAUCUCUGCACCAGAUAUCCAUUGACAUUCCCCCACUAUAACUUGUUUCGGUGUUGCAAAAAAUGCCACACACAUGCACAAAAGUUAGAAGAACCUAAGUGCCCUACUGGAUUAAAGGUAAAGGACCCCUGACAGUUAAGUCCAGUCACGAACAACUCUGGGGUUGCGGCGCUCAUCUCGCUUUACUGGUCGAGGGAGCUGACGUUUGUCCACAGACAGUUCAUCCGGGUCAUGUGGCCAGCAUGACUAAGCCACUUCUGGUGAAACCAGAGCAGCAUACGGAAACGCCAUUUACCUUCCCGCCAGAGCAGUACCUAUUUAUCUACUUGCACUUUGAUGUGCUUUUGAACUGCUAGGUUGGCAGGAGCUGGGACUGAGCAAUGGGAGCUCACCCCGUUGCGGGGAUUCGAACCGCCGACCUUCCGAUCGGCAAGCCCUAUGCUCAGUCGUUUAGACCACAGCGCCACCCACAGUCCAGCAUCCUGGCUGCUCCCCACAGUUGCCAACCAAUUAUGCCUAUGGGAAGUCCAAAAGCAGCAUAUAUGAUCUAUAAGGUGACAUAUAACCAUCAUGACCUUUGUAAUUCUGUAGUUGGUGAAAUAUUUUCAAUUUCUGGAUGCACAAGGGCCAUCCUAAGGGUACUUACCAAGUAAUUAGUUUAUUAAAAUACCUAUUUAUUUACAUCAUUUGUAUGCUGACCAAUAACUAACAUUUGCUCAAAUAUUAUAUAACCAAUUUAGCUAAAAAUUUAGGCUUGUUCUUAGUAUCUUGGCCACAGUUGGCAACCAUUAUUAAAUGAUCACGCUCUGCUUCUCCUGUAUAGUGCUCAUACUAACUGAAUUGCUUUACAUUAGAGCUGUCUAUGGACGAUUGAGUUCAGAAUAGUAUAACACUUAAAAAGCAUAUUUUAACAAGCAAGUACUUGAGAUUGUAACUGAGACAAAAAGUAUUAAUGUGGCUAUGGUUUUUCAGGUUUACACUAUCAACUUAGAAUCUCGAUAUUUGUUAAUACAAGGUGUGCCUGCCCUGGGUGUUAUGAAGGAAUUAGUUGAGCAGUUUGCAUUGUAUGGAACCAUUGAAGAAUAUAACCCACUAGAUGACUAUCCAGCAGAAGAGUUUACAGAGGUUUACCUGAUCAAGUUCCAAAAAAUACAGAGUGCAAGGUAUUUGUAAUUUUUCAAAAAUAGCCCAUCUUCCUUUCCCCCACGACCCAUAGUAACUCAGUGUUGAGUUUUUUGUUAAGUAAUAUUUGUGUGUAAGUUAAAUGGAUUUUUGUGAUGCCAUAACUGAACUUUGUUUUAGGAUCAAACAGAUUUUAAAAUGUUUGCUGCUGUAACUGGAUAGUGUUUAAUGUCUGACUUAACUUUCAUCUUUGUUAGGAUAGCCAAAAGAAAACUGGAUGAACGGAGUUUCUUUGGUAGUUUGCUGCAUGUGUGCUAUGCUCCAGAAUUUGAGACUAUACAGGAGACUAGAGAGAAACUACAAGACAGGAGGAAGUAUAUAGCAAAAGCAACUAGUAGCAAAGGUUUGUGUCUGUAUACUUCUCUAAAAUUAAAUGUCUUGGGUUUGUAUGCUUAGUUAAAUUUGAAUUCAUUCUGUAUUACUCCACAUCCACCAGAGUAUGCUAUGCUACAAGGAAAGAGUAGAGGCAAACAACAUAACCAGUGCCAGAGAUAUAUGCAGGAUGCAGUUUGAAUAAUAGUUUAUUAAAACAAUCCUAUGCCUUUAACGGAUGUAUAAAGCUGUAAGACUACAAGCAUACUAGCCAUCAGUCUGACAGAACUAUUGCUCAAUUGUCAUAUAUAAAAUAUAAAGGAAACCCUAUCCACUGGCUACUUAGUCUAGUAGAAAAAUGUUUUGACUCUCUUGUACUUAGCCAUUAUUAUGAUUUAAUUUAUAUCCUACUCUUCCUCCUAAAGAGUGUAGGGUGGCAAGCACCAACUUUAUAAAACAAACCUGGCUCUUUCAUUGUGAUUUGUUCCAGGGUAAGCUCAGGGCCAAACUAAUGUGAUAUUUAACAUACCUUUGCAUUUAACAUGAACUUUUUUGAACUGUAAAUUGGUGCCACAUGCCUCUUCCCAAACAAGCAGGAUUAAGUCCACAACAGGUGGAAAGUUUAAACAGUUUUUCUCCUUGCAGUGUUUGCGGCAACACCUCUACUUUGGGAGGAACAUUUCCAUUUUGCCAAUGAAUUUUUUUGAGAAUUAGCAUAGUAGUUAAAACUAGUACAGUGGUACCUCGGGUUAAGUACUUAAUUCGUUCCGGAGGUCCGUUCUUAACCUGAAACUGUUCUUAACCUGAAGCAUCACUUUAGCUAAUGGGGCCUCCUGCUGCUGCUGGAGCACAAUUUCUGUUCUCAUCCUGAAGUAAAGUUCUUAACCGGAGGUAUUAUUUCUGGGUUAGUGGAGUCUGUAACCUGAAGCAUAUGUAACCCGAGGUACCACUGUACUUGUCAACUCUAAAAUAUGAACGUUGAAUUGUGCCUCCAGUGGCACAGUGGGUCAGUGCAUCUGGCUGUGAACCAGAAGGUUGGUGGUUUGAGCCCAUCCAGGGUCGCUGUGAGCAGGAUUUCGGCAUUGCAGAGGGUUUGACUAAAUGACCCUUGGGAACCCUUCUGACUCCUAUGAUUCUAAUACAAAUGCCAGUAUUAAAGUCAAAUUAUUCCAUUGUAGCGAAGUUGUACUCAAAAGUAUUUUUGUGUAAAAAUAUUAGGUAGUCAAAAUGUUAACUGCUUGUGUUUUAUGUUUAAGAUCAACUGCAAGCAAAGAAUUCCAAUACAAGUUUUCAGAAGGCUGUGCAGCUAGAUGCUUCUGGAUCUUGUACAUCUCAGGCAGCCACUAGUAACUGGAAUCAAUCUGUACAUCUUGGUGAUCCUCAGCAAUCAUCCUACUAUGAAUUGCCACUGAGAAGCGUAACAUCUCCUUUAGGACAGCAAUGUCAGAGUAUGUUAGCAGCACCUCGGAAUGUUAGUGACUGUGCUGAAGCAACUGAGUGUUCAGGCCAGAGGAUAAUAAUGGCUCAGGGCUUGCAGCAAGGAGUUCACAAUACAUUAACCCACUGCAACCCACAAAGAAAGGUUCCUUGUACUAAUGGACUUGGCAGAUUUAUGCCUCGAACAACUCAGCUGCAGGAAAGAAAGAGGAGACGAGAUGAAGACAACAAACUUGCCCUUUUUGGAAAAGACAUUAAUAGUGAAGAAAUAAUUAUUGGUCCAAGGUUACCAGAAACACCUAAAAUAGACAUGGAGGAUGAGUCCUUGAACACCUCAGCAAACUUGAUUCGUAAUAAACUAAAGGAGGUAUGCUAUAUUUUCAAAAUCUGUGGUCUGUAGUUCUGAAAUUGGAUAGCAGUUUAUUUAAGGUGAUAAGCUGCCCUUCUAUGUCUUAUGUUGAUUUCUUAAGCAUAGCUACUUGGGAGAGGAAUGAAGGACAAAGGUGCCUCAUAUUCUUCUUGCAUUAGAGAACUUACAUUUAAAUGUUAAUACUGUGCAGCUUAAGGAAAGGUUUGUAAAGUUGACUAUUUGUGUUACUAGCUUGCUGGCAUUUCUGUUAUGGCUGUAGAUUGGUCUAAAAAUUAUUAGCAAAAACAAUGUUUCUUUGUAUCCUAGGGGACCUCCUUUAUUUUGGUUCUAAAAAUAGUGACACAAUUUGUAGGGUGAAAUGUAAAUUGAGAAAUAGCUGCAAGUCAUUAGAAAAUUUGCUUAUUUGACUCCCUGCUGUACAGCUAGUUCAGUUAACUGUCUGAAAGAUCUAGCUAGAGUAACUGCUUAAUGAAUAAUUAAAAUGUACUAAGUUUAGUUUCCUCUUUCCAUAUUAGGUUGUGGUUCCUGUUCAGACUCCAGUUCAAACUCCAGAUCUGUCUGGUGGAAUAUCAGUGAAUUGUCAAGCAAAGCCAACAUUAAAGCAAAGACGACGAAUAUAGUUCUUACUAGAAAGUAUAGCUUGAUCUGGCAGAAUUAAAGUAUUUUUGUACAUUUUAUUUAAUAAACUUAGCAAUUAUGCCAAAAUUCAACU